GCAGGAGAACUACGAGACGGUGACCUCGCUGGGAUUCCCCAUUUCCAAACCUAAGCUGAUCGCCCAGCUGGAACGAGGGGAAGAGCCAUGGGUCCCGGAUCUCCAGGACUCCAAGGACAGGGGGAGCCCGAGAGGCACCUGCACAGCAGGUGAUAGGACAGUGAGUGAGAACAAGGAGGAGAAUCAGCAGCAGGAAGGUCCUGGGAAAGUGGAACUGCAUGAGACAUUUUUGAGAAGAGCUGAAGGGAAUUUUUCCCGGGGCUUGGAACAGGGAAAUGCCUGGGGAGAUCGACACAGAUCAGAGAUGCAUCUGGGAAACUAUCCCAGGAAGAAACUGGAUGAAUCCACUCAACGUGGCAGAAGAUGGAAGGAUCCCAAGGAAACCACAGUCCAGCAGACAAGUCACAAUGACGAGAAACCCUACAAAUGCCUUGAGUGUGGGAAAAGUUUCCAUUUUAGUGCAAAGCUUAGUACACAUCAGAGAACCCACACAGGAGAGAAGCCCUAUAAAUGCUUGGAGUGUGGGAAAAGCUUCAGUAAGAAGCCAAGUCUUAUUAAACACCAGAGACUGCACACAGGAAAGAGACCCAAUACAUGCCUUGACGAUGGAAAAAGUUUUAGCAAAAGUUCAUCCCUUAUUAAAAAUGCGAGAAUCUACAUAGGAGAAAGUUCCUACAAAUGCCUUGAGUGUGGGAAAAGUUUCAGUUUGAAGUCAACUCUUAAUACACAUCAGAAAAUCCACAAGGGAGAGAAACCCCAUAAAUGCUUGGACUGUGGGAAAGCUUUCAGUCAGAACUCAUAUCUUAUCGAGCAUAGGAGAAUCCACACAGGAGAGAGACCGUAUAAAUGCCUUGAGUGUGGGAAAAAUUUCAUUUGUCGUUCACACCUUGCUAAACAUAGGAGAAUCCACACGGGUACCAAACCCUAUAAAUGCCUUGACUGUGGGAAAAGUUUCAUUGACAGUACAAAACUUAUUAGACAUCAGGCAAUCCACACAGGAGAGAGACCCCAUCAAUGCUUGGACUGUGGGAAAAGCUUCAUUCAGAAGAUACACCUUAUUACACACCAGAGACUGCACACAGGAGAGAGACCCUAUACAUGCCUUGAGUGUGGGAAAAGUUUCAAUUUGAAAUCAACCCUUAAUACACAUCAGAAAACCCACACGGGAGAGAAACCCCAUAAAUGCUUGGACUGUGGGAAAACUUUUGGUCAGCGCUCACAGCUUACUAAACAUAGGAGAAUCCACACAGGAGAGAGACCGUACAAAUGCUUUGGGUGUGGGAAAAAUUUCAUUAGCCGCUCACACCUUAUUAAGCAUCAGAGAAUCCACACAAGUGCCAAGCCCUAUAAAUGCCUCGACUGUGGGAAAAGUUUUGUUGACAGAACAAAACUUAUUAGACAUCAGGCAAUCCACACAGGAGGGAGACCCCAUAAAUGUUUGGACUGUGAGAAAAGCUUCAGUAAGAAGUCAAACUUUAUUAGGCACCGGAGACUGCACACAGGAGAAAAACCCUAUAAAUGCCUUGAGUGUGGGAAAAGUUUUAGUCAAACUUCAAACCUUAUUGCACAUCAGAGGACCCACACAGGUGAGAGACCCUAUAAAUGCCUUGAGUGUGGGAAAAGUUUCAGUUUGAAAUCAACCCUUAAUACACAUCAGAAAACCCACACAGGAGAGAAAACCCAUAAAUGCCUUGACUGUGGGAAAACUUUCAGUCAGAGCUCACAGCUUACUAAACAUGGGAGAAUUCACACAGGAGAGAGACCAUAUAAAUGCCUUGAGUGUGGGAAAGAUUUUAAGGAAAGUUCAUCCCUUACUAAACAUAGGAGAAUCCACACAGGAGAAACACCUUACAAAUGCCCUGAGUGUGGGAAAAGUUUUAGUCAGAGCUCACACCUUAUUGCACACCAAAGAAUCCACACAGGAUUACGACCCUAUAAAUGUCCUGAGUGUGGGAAAAGUUUCAUUUGCCAUUCAAACCUUAUUAAGCAUCAGAGAAUCCACACUGGUGACAAAUCCUAUAAAUGCCUCGAUUGUGGGAAAUGUUUCCUUGACAGAACAAAACUUAUUACACAUCAGGCAACCCAUACAGGAGAAAGACCCCAUAAAUGCCUGGACUGUGGGAAAAACUUCAUUCAGAAGUCACAACUUAUUAGACACCAGAGAGUGCAUACAGGAGAGAGACCCUUUAAAUGCCUUGACUGUGGGAAAACUUUCAGGCAGCACUCACACCUUAUUACUCAUCAGAAAAUCCACACAGGCGACAAACCCUAUAAAUGUCUUGACUGUGGGAAAAGUUUUGUUUACAGAACAAAACUUACUGAUCAUCAGAAAACCCACACGGGAGAGAAAGCCCAUAAAUGCUUGGACUGUGGGAAAACUUUCAGUCAGCGCUCAUACCUUACUCGACAUGGGAGAAUCCACAUGAGGGAGAGAACUUAUAAAUGCCUUGAGUGUGGGAAAAGCUUCAGUAAGAGCUCAGAGCUCACCAAGCAUGAGAAAAUCCACGAAGGUGAGAGACCCCAGCAAUAGCCUGGCUGCAGAAAUCGAUUCAGCUUGACUUCACACAUCAGUGAUCCACACAACAGAGAGACCUUGAAUGUGGGAGAAGCUUCAUGUGGUGCUCCCGAAAUAUCAGGCAUCCGCAAAUCCGCACAGUGAAGAAACCUCUGAGAUGUUCUCAGUGUGGAAAAUGCUCCAAGUGGAGCUAACACCACAGUGGACAUCAGAGACUACUCCACACAGCAGGGAAAUUCUCUCAGGGCCCUGACUAGGGCUGGCCGUCGUGACAAACCCAUUUCCUUGUUCCCACACACAUCAGGGGCUUUUGGCUCCCAAGGAUCCAGCUGCCCAUCGCUGGGGUGAGGAUCCAGCAGCAGCCGAGCAGCAGCUGGUCAGUGACCCUCUGGCUUUGCCUGGUCUAAGCAAACCCCAGGCAGAGGAGGAAAAGCCCCCAUCAGCCCCUCCUCCCUGCUGCAGCCGUGGCUGCUGAGCUGAUGGGCCACAGGUCGGGGAAGGGAGAGAAACUCCCCCAGCCGCUCCCUCUGCCUGGCUGAAGUUCCCCCAUCUCCCUUCCCUUCCCAGCCGGGAUCCCCCUGCCAAGGAGAUGAGAAGGACACUUGGGCCAGGCCCCAGCUUCAGUCUAGACACCUGUCCACAGCCCCUGAGAUGGGCUCCCCCACUUACCUGGAGCUGUUCCCUGCAGAGCGAGUGUUCCUGGGGGCUGGUAACUCCUCCCCUCCCCAAAUCCCACAGAACACUGGAUUCUGGGGGAUCCAACAUUAAGGCACCAGGACAUUGGGUUCUGGGGAGGUCACUGGGGAUUGAAUGGCUGGGGCUGGGGGAGCUGGGGAGCAGGAGGAGCUGGGUGCUGGGCUAUCAAGUGUUUGGGGAUCAUGGGAUAAGAGGCGAGGGAGAGCACAGGGGUAGAGAGGUGCUGCCUCUCCUCACUCACCCCCUCUGCCCCUUCCCCCUGCCCUCUCUGCAUUCAGACAGCACCACUGAGAGGGGCUGAGUCCCACAGGGCCUUUUGUGGGAGGCCUGGAGACCCCACCUCUGCCUCCGCAGCAUCAGCCUCUGAGCAUCUGUCUAUGGUAGGAAACGUGGUCAGGAUCAGCCAGAGCAUCUCUGUGACCCUGCACCAGAUUUCCUAGUGUAAAUUCGCCCCGAGCAUCUUAUGUGUAAGGCUAAGAGUUUGUCAUGGAUAUUUUUAGUAAAACUCAUAGGUAAUAAAGAAAAAUUCACAGAAUCCCAUGACCCGUCCAUGAGUUUUACUAAAAACAUCCGUGACAAAAUGGGGAGGGAGAAGGCUCCAGCACCCAUCGCUGCUUGGGUUUGGUGUCCCUUGACUGCUUACUAAUGUGUUCUAACUCUCUCCCAUUGGCAGGGUGAUCAUUGGUCCCUGAGUUUCCCCUCUGGGGCCGGAUUGUCUCAUUCCCAGAUCGUCUCACAUUACUCCUGGCCAGGCUGAAAAGCAUUGAGUGUUUGUACAUUUUCUCCCUUAUGGAGCAGAAUUAACUAGAUGCUAAAAGAAUGUGCAGCAGGGAUAGUAAAUGUGGUGUUUUACCUUCUGUGCUAUUUCAGGGUGAUGGGGUCUGUCCGAGGGUUCCCUCCUUCCCCCCAUCACUGUCACACAGGAGAGCCUCUGUCUCAGCCAUGGAGAGUUGUAUCAUGACCCAAUUCUACCCCUCCGUGUCCCAAUGUCACUUACCACCGUGUCCAUGGCUCUCCAUGCUUAGGAGUCACAGUUUUGAUGUCAAUGAUCCUAAGUCAGACCCCUGAGGGCUUGGGAAGACAGUGUCCCAGAACUAGGAGUGGGCAGGGAAAUCCCAAUGAACCUCAAAGCACAGUUUGACCUUUCAGAUCUUGUAGCCCUGUUUCCAUCUAUUGGUAAAAUUGCUUCCUGACUUUUUCUAGGCUAGUCCAGAUCAUUUGUAGAUGGGAAGAUUUUUCUUUCUUUCUCUUUCUUUUAUUAUAAUGAUGCAACCAAUACAACCGAAUAAUGAAGCUCGAAGUGAAGCUGGUUUAGCCACUUCAGAAGAAAACGGGUACGUUUAUUUUCCUGAUUUUGAGUCUUAAAAGAUUCUUUGAGAUUUCACUUUAUGAAUGUGAAAGUGUUUUAUGGCCCACCCUGGAUUGUGGGUUUUUCUCUCUUCGUGAAGGCCGUGAGGUCACGUACUUUGAUAUUAGUUUAGUUUGACAGGAUGUAGCUGAGGUUUAUUGAGGACUUCAGGAAACAAAUGAUCGUUUGUUGGAAUCAUCCUCUUUUAGAUUUUAUUUUAAUUUUUAUCUGAUGCUUUGUCAUGAGAUAUUUUUGUGUGGUUUGAACAAUGACAGUGAUCAGUAUCUCUCAGCACAAACACGGAUGCUGCGAGCUAGAUUCACAGUGCAAGAGGCAGAGACUGAAAUGGAGAAUAAAGUUACUGCCUGAUCCCUGCAGCGAUGUGAGGUACUGCUGGGAGGGGAAGAAGGCAAGAACAGCAGAGCUGGGCAACUGCUGGGUUUGCUCCUGAGAGCCUGACGGCUGAGGCUGAGAACUGUGAACUCGCUGCAUCACAGCCACAGAGCGACUACACUUGGCUUGUCAGUUUCAUGUGAAGCUGCCCCUCAAAUCUAAAGGACCGUGAAUGACACCCCAAAAAUGAUAGGGGGAAGGAGUCAGUAUCUCCCUAUUGCUGAGAUGCCGAGGUUGGGCGCAGGCAAGAAGGGAGCCUAGGAUGUCAAUAGACCGGGGCAGCCUUGAAGUCAGGCCGACCCCUAUCGAUGAGCCCGGAGUCCGACCAGGUGGUGGAUCCUCCAGUGCCGGCCGACACCCAAAGCACCACAUCGGCCUCCUCACCCUGUCCGAAGGAGCUGAUUGUGGCCCCACCCCACUCCGUCCUGCAGGACUACCAGGCCUACCAAGAACUGGGUCCUCUAAGGCCUGGUCUACACUAGGAGUUUAUGUCGAAUUUAGCAGCGUUAAUUCGAUUUAACCGUGCAACCGUCCACACCAGGAAG